UCAAUUGAUAAAAUUAUUUAAUCGUUAAAAUAUGACAUUUUCUUGUGCUUGUUAUACAUUAUUGAAAAAAACUUCUGCAAUUGACCCACAAACUGUCAAAACACACGAUGACAAUUACGUACGAAGUAAUGUACGACAUGCGUCAUGUAUGACAUCGAGAUCAAUUAGUAUUACGAAAAAAGAGCCACUAAUUAGACACGAAUUUAGUAUCGAUCUUUUUAAAAAGAAAAUGUACAAAUACGAAAUUACGAUCUCUAAUUGAUGACACUUACUAAAUAGAGCAAUUUCUAAAUAAUUGUAUUAAAAGAAUGGCAUCGCUAUUAAGAUUCACGGUUAAUCCUAUUGAACUACAGAAUGCGAUUAAAAUUAAACACGAAUUGGCCGAAUCAUCGAGACUUUUACAUUUUAUUGCGGCUCGUAAGAUUCAGGCUUGGUUUCGCGGUAUUAUUACCCGCAAUCAUUUUCGUAAACUUCAUAAAAAUGCAACGAUUAUACAGCGUUAUUGGCGUGGUUAUCACACCAGGAUGUUCAUUAAUCUGUAUUUAGUCGAACGUGUUCACCAGAUGUGGCAACAUCAUUACAAUGACAUGGCAACGAGAAUCCAAGCUGUUUGGAGAGGCUAUUGGUCUAGAAAAACACAGAUAAACUUUUUGCAGUUGCGGCGAUGGUUGAAAAACGUUUAUACGAAGAAUAACGAAACAUUGGAGAAUAUGAAGAGAUUUAGACAAAAGGAACUCGAGCAUGCGGAAAGUGUGACUGAACAAGAAGCGAUGCUCUGGAUUUUAUUCAUUUUGUUUAAGCUGCACCAUUUGUUGAGAACAAAAUGCCGUCCUGGUGUCAUCACAAGAAUUGAUAAAACUCGCUUUAUAUACAUUGAAGAAAUGUUAAAGUGUCUUGAAUACGAUCAAUAUAUUCCAAAAGCAAAGGCUGUUUGUAGAAAUUGUCAAAUUGAUCGCAAAUCUUCUUUAAUCUUUCACGGUACUUAUUUUGAAAAAUGCGAGAAAGAGAUUCGUGAGUUUGAGAAAAGUUUAUUAGCUGAAAACAUUUUUAGAAAUCAGUAUUUUAAAGAGAAAAAUAGAACUAUGGCAAAAAAUAGAUAUUUAAAUUAUCAACAAAAGAAUAAAUAUUCUGGAAGGUGCUUCCAUCAAAAUCUCAAAUACAUGCAACCAAACAAAUUAUAUGAAGCUAUUAACAAAAUGGAUUGUCAAUUGAAUCAGUUUCGCUUAAAGUGUCCAAUACAUAAUUUUAUUUUUUAGACUUUUAUAUUCAGACAAGCGAGAAAAAUGUAAGUGUCAAUAUUUAUUGUGUAAAAUUUAAAUUUGCUUUUAAUUAAAAUAUGAAGAUAGUUUGCUAUUUUAAUUUCUAAUUUAGUUGAGUACGCAUCAUAUACAUGAAAAGAAAGAUAUUACUAAAGACAUCAUUGACAACAACUUUAAUUCUUUUUACAAUGUAAUUAUAAUUAUAAAAUAACACAUACUUAUCAAAAAAUAGAUAAAUAUUUAAUGAAAAAACUAACAAUAUAACAUUUUUGAGAAAAUUUCCGAUUCAUAGAUAAUCUUUUCCAAUCGUUAUUGGAUUUUGUACUUGAGAAUUGGAACGAAAAUCUUUUUCUCAUUAUAUAAUAAAACAAACA